AUGUGGGUCGCAACGCUGAUGUGGACGGGUCAACGGCCUGAGCACCCCCUCGUUGAGCAGAGCGAAAGCGCCUUUCACAAUGCCCUCGCCCUCGCCAUGAGCGAAAUGCCCGCGGGCACUUGCGACUUGGAAGCGGGAGACCUCGGCAGCUAUAACACGUCUCCCAAUUUCUGCUCCGUUCCCGGCAGUGACAAUUCGGUCGCGGUUUACCUGCACAGCAAGGGGAUCCUUAAGGUCGUGAACGACAACAGCGCAGUGUGCGAGGUGCAGGAGCCAGAGGGAUGCAGGAAUGUGGAGUUCUUCACUUUCUACAGGAACAACGUGCCCCACGUAGGUCACCUCAAGAACGUCCUCCGAGAAAACGACGUCGUUCAGAUUGACUACAUGGUCGGCACGGUUGGCGGGAGGGAGGAGGUGUGCUGCCGUCUCGUGUGGCAGGGCAAAAAGCCUUCAGACGUGCGCCAGACCAGUCCUGCAGAGUUUGGCCUGCUGCUGAAGGCCAGGACAGCGCAGGAAAAGGUCCUUCCAGCACCUGUGUACCACAGUCACGCGGCAGAGGACAGAGAAGGCCAAGCAGUGUUCCAAGCUCUAACCUUGCUGCUGUCCAGAAAUUGGGAACUAGCAGUCUGUCUCCAGGACCCAGUUGCUCCAAAUGGCCAUCGGCAGAUUCGCUUGGAAAGAGACUGGCUGACAAGCAAGAUGGCUACCCCGUACGGCAAAACCACUACAGCUCGGCACCCCCCGGAGCCUACCGUCUACGUCUUCUUGGGCAGGAAGGGCACAGUGAUGCAAGUCUGUGACUCUGCCGCCAUGGUGGAAGCCAGAGAGGGGCAGUCCAUCCGGGAGGUGACAGUCACCGCAGACUGCUUCUACAGGGAAGGCAGGACUGUCUUGACCAACCUCAACCGAGUUCUCCACAAGGGAGAAAUCGUCAACAUCGACUACAUGGUUGGCAGAAUGGGCUGCAAAGACAGCAUCCAUUGCAACCUGGCCUGGCAGGGCCGCAAGCCUCAGAGAGUGCCGUGCCUUAGCCCGGACGAGUUUAAGGAGAAGAUAAUCGCUCGUGGAUCAGGCAGCACUUUCAUCGAUGACCUGCAGAGCACUUCUCAAGAGCUGGAUAACCCCUGCAAGGAUGCUCCAAGGGGUCCGGCGAAGUACUCGCCGUCACAAGCUCACACCCGCCCGCAGAUGGAAGUGCACCAGCCACCUCCACAGGCAUCCGAACCAGGUUCCAGGAAUCCAAGCCAGGUGUCCAUACCGUCAACAGGUGAAACCAGCGCCAAGGAAGACUGGGAGUUGAUUGCAAAAAUGGUCGACCAGAUCAACGACCUCGUGAAAACGCAAAUUCAAACCACGUUACACGAGGUGGUCCCCAAAGUCAUAGAAUAUUUAUUGGACUCCCAACAAGUGAUGAUCAAGGCCCACAGCGCUCCAUUUCUGCAAGGUGAGGGAGACGGCGGCUCUGUUGCGGAACCAUCCGGAAGGCAGUACAGUUUGGUGUCCGGCGCAGCUGGUAGUUCCACUUGGCAGCCCCCAAGUGCGUCGCAGCAGCGAAGUGUUACCGCUGGCCCAUCUCCUGGAGCAUCACAGACGUCCUGGGGCGAGGCCGUGGGGCAGUUUGGAAAACAGACACUGCCAAGAUUCAUGAGCAAUUUCCCUUCCGUUCUGCAAAAGGUGCAGCCAGUGACUGUCACUUCCCCUCGGCAGCCCUCAAAUGCAUUGCAGCAGCCAAGAGUUCCUGCAGACCUACCUCGUCAAGCAUCACAGAUGUCCUGGGGUGUGGCCAGAGGACAGUUCGAACAGCCACUGUCAAGCUUCAGCAGCAGUCCGGCUUCCAUUCCAUCAGAGGUGCAGCCAGUGACUGUCACUUCCCCUCGGCAGCCCUCAAAUGCAUGGCAGCAGCAAAGAGUUGCUGCAGACCUACCUCGUCAAGCAUCACAGAUGUCCUGGGGUGUGGCCAGGGGACAGUUCGGACAGCCACUGUCAAGCUUCGACAGCAGUUUGGCUUCCAUUCCAUCAGAGGUGCAGCCAGUGACUGUCACUUCCCCUCGGCAGCCCUCAAAUGCAUGGCAGCAGCAAAGAGUUGCUGCAGACCUACCUCGUCAAGCAUCACAGAUGUCCCAGGGUGUGGCCAGAGGACUGUUCGGACAGCCACUGUCAAGCUUCAGCAGCAGUCCGGCUUCCAUUCCAUCAGAGGUGCAGCCAGUGACCGUCACUUCCCCUUGGCAGCCCUCAAAUGCAUGGCAGCAGCAAAGAGUUGCUGCAGACCUACCUCGUCAAGCGUCACAGAUGUCCUGGGGUGUGGCCAGGGGACAGUUCGGACAGCCACUGUCAAGCUUCAGCAGCAGUCCGGCUUCCAUUCCAUCAGAGGUGCAGCCAGUGACCGUCACUUCCCCUUGGCAGCCCUCAAAUGCAUGGCAGCAGCAAAGAGUUGCUGCAGACCUACCUCGUCAAGCAUCACAGAUGUCCCAGGGUGUGGCCAGAGGACAGUUCGGACAGCCACUGUCAAGCUUCAACAGCAGUCCGGCUUCCAUUCCUCCAGAGGUGCAGCCAGCGACCGUUCGACCCGCAGACGGUGCCCGCCCCACGGGGGAGGUGCAGCGGUAUGCGAGCAUGGUCGUAAGAGGUGAAAGUGACCCACCACGCUUUCGAAACUUGGGCAUUUCGUUCGACACAUCGGCAGUGGUGGAAUGUGGGCUGUUGAAUGUCGGCACUUGGCAUCUCGACUCAUCCAGCGCACAGCAGGAAAGUGGACGAGGUGCUUCCUCUUCGGACUACAACCCGGAGGGUUGUCUCUGAGGCCUGCUUCCCGAGAGUAGCUUUGGGCGCAAGAACCAGUGAAAAAAGAAAGUGUUUGUGAUAGAGGCAGCUGUAAUUCUGAGAAAUCAGUUCUAUGAAGUUCUACGACACCAGGCCUGAAGCUGUUGUCUUACAGCCACUGGAGUUGCAGAAAGCCCCACAUCCUCCUUUCUUCGGCCCCUGUAGCACUACGAAGCGGGAGUUGGAUAUGUCUGGUGCAUCGCCGCCAGGGCCACAGUCUGCCUCACUCCAGCGGACGUUCUGCGACACCUGGCCUGAAGAUGCUGUCGUCUUAGAGCCAUUUGAGUUGCAGAGAGUUCCACGCGCUGACAGCACUGCUGCCCAUACGUCAUGUGAACAGGACAACAGCACAUCAGUCAUCUGUACAAGUUCAGAGUGCAAACAUUGUGGAUAUGGCCAAAUUUUCUGAGGCCUGCGAUAUCAAACCACCCGAUGAGCUGGCAGGCACAGUUGCUUCCCAGCCAUUGGAGUACCAGACAUGUUCGAAGCACCAGACAAAUGCCAUUGUAGAUGCUAGUUUCUCGGCUAGCUGCUAAAAAGGAAAUACCAGGCGUGCUUGAAACACCAGGUGAAGCACUUGCUUGGUGACGUUACUAGUCUGCAGCACACUGCGGACGAUGAAGCACCUAACCUGUACGUUGGAAAUGCCACACAGUGCAAGUGCCACUUUUCGAAGCCAACAGUGAUCGCAGUGGCUGAGAGUGACUCAAGUUCGCAAACAGCAGCUACUUUACAUGUUCCGAGUGAAGACGACAGCAUCUUAAAAGCAGUGCCGUCUGGUGCAUUAAAUGUCCCGGAUGCAAGCUCUGCCGACCUGAAGCGGGAGUUUGACGCAUAGGUCAAAAUGAAUGCAAGUGAUGCUUUGAGCCUUAGGCAUCAGAUAUAUUAGUGCUCUAAGCAAUCAAAUAAAUAUGCCUGCUAAUCAGUAUGUGAAAUGCAGUGUUGAAAGAUGAUGUUGCAACUACUAGGAGCCACUAGCUCUUUUACCUGUGAGAAACGUGUGGUACAGCAGCAGACGCACAAGAGACAUCAGAGUGACUCUUCUCAACAGAACUGCAGCUGUGGCAUGCAACAGAUAAGACUGACAGAUGCCAAAAUGUCUAGUGGACAAUCUUUUUUAAUAAUGAAAAAGCAGUGAUAUAUUUAGUUUGUGUGUUGUUUUGUGACUACUGACAUUGGGCAGGUUUAGAACACUGUUCCCUGCUAAUAUUACUUGACCCAAAAGCUCGCAUCAACAGCCCACCUGCACCCAUUGAAGCAACGGCUCCUGGCUUAUACCAGAUGCAACUAGACUCCUGAGUUAGUCUAGAAGUUCAUUAGCAGUGAAUUAUGUAGGUUAUAAUUUAUCUCGUAUUUCAAUUACCACCUUUUUUCCCCUUGAAAAUGGCUCUAAGAGCUCGCUCAUAGGCCCAAAACUAUGCCUGAAAGGGGGAAGAUUUCGCCGUUGUCAGUCAAACAUACAGAAAUAAGUCUGCAUCCAAAGCCAA